AUAUAUCCAUUGUUGCAGUCUAUCUUCUUCACAAAGCAAUCACCGCAUAACUUAGCUCCCAAAAAUGACUCCCCUCAAAAGCCUUUGUUUGUUCUCCCUCCUUCUGGUUCUUAGCUUCACUUUUGCUCAGGCCGCCAGGUUUGAUAUCACAAACAGAUGCUCCUACACAGUGUGGCCGGCAGCCUUGCCCACCGGUGGCGGCCGACGACUGAAUUCUGGUCAGACAUGGUCCCUCGAUGUGCCCGCCGGCACCACCAGCGGUCGCAUAUGGGGCCGAACCGGCUGCAACUUUGACGGGUCGGGUCGUGGCCACUGCAGCACCGGUGAUUGUGGCGGUGUGCUCCAAUGCCGUCUCUCUGGGGCACCACCUACCACACUUGCAGAAUUCUCUCUUAACCAAUCCAAUAAUUUGGACUACUACGAUAUCUCAGUGAUCGAUGGUUUUAAUAUUCCCAUGGAGUUUAGUCCAACUUCCAGUGGAUGUAGAAGUCUUCGAUGCCUUGCUGAUAAGUGUCCUGAUGCUUACCUUUUCCCUGCGGACAAUACUAAAACUCAUAGUUGCCGAUCAGGAACUAACUAUAGGGUUGUCUUUUGCCCUUGAAUAAGUUAGUUAAUGGCUCCGUGUGUUCUUAUUUCCCCACAUAAAGAACCAUGCAAUGUUGUAAUAAGAAGCCAUUCUCAGCACAUCUACUUUAUGUAUGCGCUUCUCUUUGGUGGGAAAUAAAUAAAGUCUCAAUUAUGAUUACUAUGUAUUUUGAUG